AUGAAGUUAAAGUUGAGAGUGAACCAUCCAACUGCUCCAGGAAGUGUCCCCAACAAUGGGAGUCUACUACGUAGAGAUUAUGAACGUUUGCAACUGCUUGGGCGCGGUGGUUUCUCUCAGGUUUACAAAGCUAGAUCGAGAUCCAACAAGAAUAUAUAUGCGAUCAAGGUAAUCUCACGCAAGGAUGAGAAUUCUUCCAGUCAAGACGCAAUCAUUAUGAAUGAGAUCAACAUUCUUAAAGAUAUCAAACAUCCCUUAAUCGUAGGCUUUCACGGAUUUUACCGCACUUGUACUGACUUCCACAUUGUCCUUGGAUACGCUCCUCCCAAACUCUAUAGUAUUGAUGUAGCAAGAGCCAUCGCAUACCUUCACCAAAACCACAUCAUUCACGCAGACAUCAAACUCGAGAACGCCUUGAUCACUUUGGACAACCGGAUCGUAAUCUCUGACUUUGGACUCGCCGUUAGAGCUUACUCUAGACAGGUCGCUCAGGUAGGUGGAACCCCGCACGCAAGAGCCCCAGAAGUCCUUAGUGGACUCGUCUGCACUCCGGCACUUGAUUGGUGGGGUCUUGGUGUGAUGCUAUUCGAGAUGGUUACGCAUCGGCUACCUUUUGACUCAUCCACUGAUGCAGGCUUGCGUACAGCAAUUCUAGAAGCGGAUCCCAACAUGCCUGAGGAUUUCCGUUCACUUGUUCGUUGGUUCUUUCAAAAAGAUCCCUUUUAUCGAUUAUCUUCUUUAGAUUUUUUCUUGGCUCAUGAUUACCUCAGUGAUGUUAUUCCUUCGACAGAUCUAUCAAGCGGAUCUUCAACGACUCAAUCUGAAAAUUAA